GUGAAACAAUAGGUAUGACGGGGAAGUCCUGGGGUACGCGGCUAGAUUUAGAUAUUAGGACACGUCAAGUUCAGGCCGAAAUCACAUCCCCUCCCAUCAUCCUCCUCCUCCCUCUUCUCCGUCAUCGCCACCACCGCCCCAUCAUCACCAACACCCACUUUACGCCCUGCCUACGAUCGAUCUGCCGUCGUCGCGGUAAAACCUAUUGAACGAAGCGACCCGCACUGUCUGCAAGGCAAUAACGCUGUGCUGAUCGGAACGAAACGGCUACCACUCUCACAAUGCGGCUGCUGAGGCUGUGCUCGCUGGCAGCAGCAGUACUGCUGCCGAGCGCCCUCGCCGAUAAAUACUCGGUCCACAAGACAACGUUCCAAAACGUUCCGGCCGCCCUAUCCUACUUCGAGGACAGUCCCGUGCUAUUGACGUUCGACCCCAAGGGCAGAGAUGUAUAUCGGUCAGAAAAUGACGGAAAGGAUUGGACGAACAUCGACGACGUCAAGGGAAAGGCUGUCGAAUUCGUGCAACAUCCUUUUGAUAAGGAUCGUGCCGUGAUAUUUUCGGACGGGAAAGACCACUGGGCUACGAAGGAUAAGGGAAAGACCUGGAAGAAGUUUACGGUGGACCUGCCGGUGUCGAUACGCCAGAUGCCCCUGGCGUUCAGUGCGGCAAAUCCGGACCAUGUGCUGUAUGCCGGACAGCAAUGUGAUCCCGACGAUAUAUGGGGGUACAAUUGCCCUGACAAGACCUUCUACUCGAAGGAUUGGUUCGGUACCGUGCGGCCCCUAGUCGAAAACACCCAUAGUUGUCUGUUUGCGCGCGGGAACAAGCUCUUCACAGAAGGCCCCGAGGACGCGAUCUUCUGUAUCGUUGACGGGGAUGACAAAUACCAGGAACACCGCAAACUAAUGGUAUCCAACAACUUCUUUCAAGAUUCAGCCGAGCCGAAAUUGGAUGGCUACAACAGUGUGAGGGGGCUGGCUGGGCUGGCGUCUGUUUCCAAGUUUAUAGUUGCGGCUGUUCGCGGUGCGGGCACGGAGGAGAUGGCACUAUACGUAUCGAAUAACGCGACUACCUGGGACCGUGCCGAGUUCCCACAAGACCACGGCGGGCUCAAAGAAGACGCUUAUACCAUCCUUGAGUCCACUCCGUACAGCAUCCAGGUUGAUGUGUUGACCACGAAAGGCACCCAAGCUCCUAUUGGAGAGCUGUUCACCAGCAACUCGAAUGGCACCUACUUCACCCGUGACCUGGACAACACUAACCGUAUCGCCAGAGGCUUGGUUGAUUUUGAGCAGAUCGAGGGCAUCGAGGGCAUCGUGCUAGCCAACAUCGUCGCGAAUGCUGAUGAAGUCAAAGCAAGCGGGGCGAAGGAAAAGAAACUGCAGACCAAGAUUUCCUUUGACGACGGGAAGUUGGGUACCUGGAAGGCUCUCAAAGCCGACGGCAAGGACCUGCAUCUCCACUCGAUCACAGAAUUGGCCAAUGGCGGCCGCGUGUACUCGAGCCGGGCACCCGGCCUCGUGAUGGGUGUCGGAAAUACCGGUGAUUACCUCGACAGCUAUGACAACGGUGAUCUGUACAUCUCCGAGGACGCAGGAUUGACCUGGACCAGGACUCGGACCGAGGCUCACAAGUACGAGUUCGGGGGAGCCGGUUCCAUCAUAGUGGCGGUCUACGAUGAGGGAUUCACGGACAAGGUCUCAUACUCCAAGGACCACGGAAAGACCUGGAAGGAUGUAAAUCUCGACACUGAGAUUCGCGCUCGACUGUUGACUACCACUCCCGACUCUACCAGUCUCAAGUUCAUUCUCGCUGGCAUCGGUAAGGAUAAGAAGGGACACAUUUUCGACCUCGACUUCGAUGACGUUUUCGACGGGAAGAAGUGUAAGCUCGAUAAGGACAAUGAGGACAAGAGUGAUUACGUGAAAUGGUAUGCACGGUACGACGACGACGGUAAGCCAGAUUGUUUGAUGGGGCGGAAGCAAUAUUUCUGGCGCCGCAAGAAGGAUGCCGACUGCAGCGCCGGAGAGCUCUACAAGGAGCCAGCCGCCGAGAGUGAGGUGUGCCAGUGUCAAGACCAGGACUUCGAGUGCGACUUCAAUUUUGUCCGCAACGAUAAGAAGGAGUGCGUUUUGGCAACCGAUGCCAAGUUGCCGAUUCCGCCGAAUAAGUGCAAGAAUCCAAAGGACGAGUACAUGGGGCCGAGUGGAUACCGUAAGAUUCCCGGGAAUAGCUGCAAAGACGGUGUUAAUAAGGAAGAGCCGAUGAAACGCAAGUGUGAUGAAGCUAUUUCCACGCCCUCGACUGGAAAGAUUGUGUCCACGUCCCACGAAUUCCGUGCAAAGAAGCCCCUCGACUACUUCUAUCUCAACAAUGCAGAGACCGCGGCCGUCACCGAGGAAGAGACCGUCUUCAUGAUGACCGACAAGCAAGAAAUUUGGGUGUCCCACAACGGCGGUAAGGAGUGGGAGCACGUCCUGAAGGACGCCAAAGUCAUCGCCGUAUACCCGCACCCGCACGAUUGGAAACAUGUAUAUUUCGUCACCAACUCCAAGACGAUCCACUAUACCACCGAUCGCGGACACAGCUUCAGCGAGAUGCAAGCCCCAGAACUGCCCAAUAGGCAGGGUUUUCCAUUCCUGGAUUUCCAUCCUCUCAAGAAUGAAUGGUUCAUCUGGCACAGCCAGAAGGAUUGUUCGGAUCCGAUGAAAUGCCAUACGAUCGCGUGGUACACCACCUCUGCAGGAGUGGAGUGGCAUGUGCUCAAGAGCUACUCCGGAGCCUGCAAGUGGGUGCGUGCCCAGCGCAAGGAGACGCCGGAUAAGCUGGUAUUCUGCGAGCACGCGGCAAACGAAGACCCCAGGGCAGAGACGAUGGAACUUCUUUCGAGCUCUACCUUUUUCGAGGACGAGAAGAAGCACUUUGACCGCAUCAUUGGAUACGCAACUAUGCAGGAGUUCAUCGUGGUCGCUGGCGUCAAGGACGAUAAUUCGCUCCAGGCUUCCGCCUCGGUCGAUGGCCAGACUUUCGCGGAUGCACAUUUCCCACAUGGGUUUAAUGUUCCGCAUCAGACAGCCUACACCGUCCUGGACUCGGUCACACAUUCCGUGUUCCUCCACGUCACUGUGAACGACCGCAGGGGGUAUGAGUACGGCAGCCUGCUGAAGUCGAAUUCCAACGGCACGAAUUAUGUGCUCUCACUCGACGCGGUCAACAGGAAUGAGGAUGGCUUCGUCGACUUCGAGAGGAUGCAAAUUCUCGAGGGUAUUGCGAUCGUGAACCGCGUGGUGAACCACGAGGCUGCGUCCACGGGCGAGAAGAAGAAGCUGCGGAGUAUGAUCACCCACAACGACGGCGGGAAAUGGGACUACAUCACCCCUCCAGCCCAAGAUUCGGAAAAGAAAGCGUAUAAGUGCAGUGGUGGCAUCGAGAAAUGCUCGCUGAACUUUCAUCAUUACACUGAGCGAUCUGAUCCCCGACAUACGUUCUCGUCUGGCUCCGCGAUUGGACUCAUGAUGGCUGUUGGUAACGUUGGAGACGAGCUCAAGGGUUUCGCAGACGGAGACACGUUCCUGACGACGGAUGGAGGCAUCAACUGGGUCGAGGUUCGCAAGGGACAGUAUCUGUGGGAGUAUGGUGAUCAAGGAUCCAUCAUCAUCAUCGUGGACCGGGCCAAGCCUACCGAUAUGGUCCUGUACACUUUGGAUGAGGGCAAGUCAUGGCUGGAGUACAAGUUCAACGAGAAGUUGAAGGUCACCGAUAUCUCCACCGUUCCUAUGGACAACAGCCGGAAGUUCUUGCUGUGGGGGUACAAGGAGGGAGGCGGAGAGAAGUUCUACACGGUCCAUCUCGACUUUAGCGGGAUUACCGAUCAGCAGUGCAAGCUGGAUGAGACUAAAGACGGAGACGAUGGUAACGAAGACUUCUUCCUUUGGUCCCCUCGCGUCAACAAAGAUCGCUGUCUCUUCGGCCAUGAAGCGCAAUACCACCGCAAGCUUGUCGACCACCGCUGCUACAUAGGCCGCAAGAUCGACCGCUUCCACAAGACGCUCAAGAACUGUACCUGCGUAGCCGAAGACUUCGAAUGCGACUUCAACUACGAGCGGAAAUCCGACAACACCUGUAAGCUCGUCCAGGGCCUCUCACCCAUCGAUCACUCCGCCGUCUGCAAGGACCCCAACGUGGACGAGUACUACAAGCCCGGCUACCGUCGUAUCCCCGCGUCUACCUGUCAGGGUGGACUCGAGCUAGAUAAGCUCGAUCCUCAGGCCUGCCCCGGGAAGAAGCUCAAGAGUGGGAUGAGUGGGUUCGGUCUCUUCAUGGCAGUCAUCAUCCCCAUUGCCGCCGCAGGUGGAAUCGGAUACUACGUCUGGACUCACAUCCUCAAUGGCGGCUUCGGUGCUAUCAGAUUGGGCGAGGACAGCGAUAGCCCUCUCGUGCAGUACCCGAUCAUUGCCAUCUCCGCCAUCGUCGCGGUGGUUCUGGCGAUCCCAACUAUCCUCUCGGCACUGGGCGGAUGGCUGGCGGGUAAGUUCACACGGACUCACCGGUACACAACGAGGAAUUCGUUCGCCAGGGGCGGGGAUUACUCAGUUGUCAAUAACGACGAGGGCGAGCUGCUGGGUAGUGACGACGAUGAUGAGGUAUAAGCAGCAGGCGAUUG